AUGGGGUCCAACGAGGCGGACAAGCCGCUGCGGCGGAUCGGUGCAUCGUUUGAGCAGCUCGCGGCCGUCGCCAAGCCGCAGCAGCAGCCCGCGAUGGCGGCGGGGGACUUCUUGCGUGCCUGCUCCAACGUCUCCGUCCUCUUCGGCUGCCUCGGCAUCGCCUUCAAAUUUGCCGAGAUGGACUAUGACGCCAAGUAUUGA